ACCAGGAGAGACCGACAGGAAGGAGAGUGAAACCACAGAAGAGACUGUCUCACCAGCAGGUGCCGAGGAUAUUAAAAAAAAAAAAAAAAAAAAAAAAAAAAAGGGUAGAGUAGAAAUCGGGUGCCAAAAAGCAAUACAAUUAGAGCAAAUGUGCCAACUGUUUUAAAAGGACAGAAAAAUAGACAGAAGCCCUUUUCUGAACUGGAUUAUUAACCACUUAUCAUCUGUCCCAGUCAUCCUCAUUGAACCUCUUACUAUUCACAUCUCUUACGGAUUGUCUUUGCUCGGAUCAUCCACUUUACCUCCUCCUCCUCCUCCUCUUCCUCCUGCCUUCCUCUUCACCAGCUACUGACAAACAGUGCCACCAUGGAAACUGGGAGCCCCAGGAAGAUACAGUUCACCGUCCCCCUACUGGACACCCACCUGGACCCAGAGGCAGCUGAACAGAUCAGACGACGUAGACCCACACCAGCGACUUUAGUGGCAUCUAGCGAUCAAUCAUCUCCAGAAAUAGAUGAAGAUCGCCUCCCAAACCAGUUGUACAAGGCAGCUUUGUUGAAUUCACCUCGACAAAGGCGGAAAGGGCAAAAGGGAACACCUACGAUGAAAGAGCUGCAGUUUUUGGUUGAGCACCACCUAUACAGGCAGCAGCAGGGAGCAGGCGACGAGUGCUCCUCAGAGAGCUGCCUGUCAGACCGGCCCAGUCCUGACUCUGUUCCUGCUGGGGAGGAACUCCCACAUGACGACGAGGCCACUGCAGAGGCCUUUGAAAAGCUGCGCUGCCAAAUGGAAGAGUUCUCCAGGGAGAGUUUAUUAGAAGCUGCAGGAGGACUGGAGUGUCCUCUCUCCAAGGAGACAGAGGACUGUUCCAGCGUCGCCAGUGUAGCAGAGCCGUCAUCACAACAAAACAACGCACAACCAGACACAAAAGCAGCAGCAUCCAGUGCAAGUCAGCCAUCAGAGGAGAAGACAAAGAAAUCCAGCCUGAAGAAGGGCAAAUAGAGUGGUCUUCUGUACAACACAAUGCUGCUCAGUCUGCUCAGCCAGCCCAACACAAUGACAGAAGAUUGUGUCUGUAAAUCCACUUUUUCGAUACAUCAGGGCAUAUAUUAUAUUCCUCUACGGUCAGGCCUUAGUUACCACCUCAACAAAGACGUUUCUACACUUAUUUUGUGUCAACAAUCUUGUGUCAAGGGCCAAUUACUACUUCAUUCUGAUUAAAUUGUUUUCUAUAAUUUACCCUGCACUAAACAUAACUAACCUAUUGAACCAGACUUCCUGUGUACAAAAUGGGAAAGAGGGAAUAUUUAUAGCGGCACAGUCACACAAUCAUUAUCACAAGCUACCAAAACUCACUGGCUUCAUGUCCCAUUUUAAUGUUCAGAGGUAACAAAUAUACUUGCAAUCUGUUUUUAUCAUUAAAUAUGUGCCAUGAAUUCUGCAAUUGUUGUUCCAUCUCAGAGCAAUAACAUUACAUCUGUACCUCAAAAACACUGGAGCAGAAUCUGUCACCCUCAAAUAUCACAGCAUCGUUAAACAGCACAUCAUCAUUUAGAGAUUUUAACAAGUGCUUUUGAUGGAGUUGGAUAUAGCCACACACAAUGUACUGUAUGUAUGUGCUCGAAAGUCACGUAAUCAUGGUUUUAUUUUAAAUUAAUGAUGCUUUUUGAGCAAAGAAUUAAGGUUGAAAUUACACAGAAAACUAGGCAUUUAAUGUCUAUACAAAUGUUGCUGUAAAUGUAUAGUUCACAAGCAAAACCCAGUAAAAAUCAUGUGUCUGCAGAUAUACAGUAUUUACAGAUUUUGGAUGAACAACUAUUAAGAGUGAAGAAUUCUUCUGCACUUCAGUAUCUGGCACGUGAAUGCUUUUGGGAGUCAAAGUCUUUGUCAUAAAACACUUUCCUGCAUGGCACUGAAUGUACAGUAACUUUUUUUUUGAAGCGCGGGAUCUUUCCAGUGCUUCUUUUUGUACGUCGAACAAUUGAAACAGUCCAUUUUAGCAUCGUCAGACUCAAACUGUACUCGCUGAAUUCUCUUUUAAGUCUACUCAUUCACAGUCAUAUAUAUUUGUCAUUAUCAUUAUUUGACAUCAAAAUGUACUUAGAUUAAGUGACAAUCCUUCCGUAGCCUUCGUGUUAUAUUUAACACCCCUUGAAACAAAUAUAAUAAAUGAACAAAACCCAAACAGAAAGACACCUUGUUAAUAUUACUUUACCGGAUUUAUGAGCAGCUUGUUUCCCAGCUGCCGACAAAGACCACUAUGUCCACAACGAACAAAAAAAAGAACAGAAAACAUUCCUGUGCAAACUCUAGUUUUUCCUCUGCAAUGUAUUUAUGAACCCAUGUAAUGUUUGUUCUGUUUUGGAUGGUAAUACUGUACUUUACAUUAAUUCAAUCUGGGGCGUUUCGUUUCAGUUUUACUUGAUUGAUGAUUAUGUCUGUAAUCUAAAUUUGUUUGAUACAAUAAAAUCUUUAAAUUGG